AUGACUACUACUUUUUCCAAGAAAAAAACUAAGCUUUCCAAAAAUGAACUUUGCAGCUUAGCUAAACUUAUAUUUCUCAUACCUAUUACAAUCCUCUUCUUGCUUCUAAUCUUCUUGUGGUCAUCGUCGUCCACCAUUAUUUCUGGUAAAAUCAUCCAUUUAUGCUUCCAAUCGCGUAAACUCAAUGAUCUUUAUUGCAUUUCUGCAGGCACACAACCAAAUCUUGAUGUCUCUAGUGCCCUUUCACCAAACGUUAGUUCAACGAAAUAUGUUGAUGACUUGCAACAAAAAUCAACACGUCUUGGCAUACCGAUCCCUCCAGGAUAUCAUGCCUUUAGAAAUGGCAUGGUUAAGAGUGACGAGGAAUUGCUUGUGGCUUAUAACGACGUGGAGGAUCAAUUAGUUGUGCAUCGAUCGUGGACAUCAACGAGCCAAAACCAUAAUGCAACAUUAUGUGAUGGCAGGGGAAUUUAUGUGUACGAAUUGCCAACGAAGUUUAACAAGGAUUUGGUGUCUCAGUGUGCUGAUAUGAUUCCGUGGGUCGAUUUAUGUAAGUAUUUCAGCAAUGAUGCAAUGGGUGAACCAGUAGAAAAGCUAGGAAAAGGAUGGUACCAAACUCAUCAAUAUUCAUUGGAGUUGAUAUUUCACUCAAGAGUUAUGAGUCAUCCUUGUAGAGUACAGAACAGAAGUGAAGCAGAGCUUUUUUAUGUGCCUUUCUAUGCUGGACUUGAUGUCUUGAGAUGGCAUUUCAAGAAUGUAACAAAUGAUGUCAAGGAUUCUUUGGGACUAGAACUUGUGAAAUGGCUCGAGUCGCAACCAACUUGGUUUAAACGAUCAGGUAAAGAGCAUAUCUUUGUUCUUGGGAAAAUUUCUUGGGAUUUCAGAAGAUAUAGCAACUCGAAUUGGGGAAGUAGGUUCUUGGAGCUAGACGAAAUGCAGAAUCCGGUGAAACUAUUGAUAGAACGACAACCAUGGCACCUCAACGACAUAGGAAUACCUCAUCCAACUUUUUUCCAUCCUCAAUCAGACGAAGACAUAACAACAUGGCAACUAAAAAUCCUCAACGAAAAUCGAAAAAGCCUCAUAAGCUUUGCUGGUGCAGCAAGGCCUGAUGCACCAGAAAGCAUUAGGUCAAUCUUAAUCAACCAAUGCACUUCAACUAGUAAAUGCAAAUUCAUGAAUUGUAGUUCGGGUUCAUGUGAUCAACCCGAGUCCAUCAUCGAGUUGUUCAUUGAAUCCGAAUUCUGUUUACAGCCUCCGGGCGAUAGCCCAACAAGAAAAUCAGUAUUUGAUUCUCUUAUAUCAGGUUGUAUUCCUGUAAUUUUUGAUCCAUUUACAGCAUACUAUCAAUAUCCAUGGCAUUUACCAGAAGAUUACAAAAAAUAUUCUGUUUUCAUUGAUCAAGAAGAUGUGCGGAACAUGAAAGUUAAUGUUGUGGAAAGGCUAAUGAAUAUUCCUGCAGGGGAAACAGAGAACAUGAGAAGAUAUAUAAUUUAUGAAUUAUUGCCUGGAUUGGUGUAUGGAGAUCCAAAAUCUAAGCUGGAGAAAUUCCAAGAUGCAUUUUCUAUAACAAUGAAUAAUCUAUUUGAAAGGUUGAAUAGAUUGUAG